AUGUCAUUAACUGGGGAACACGUGAGGCUGUCGCAAAGGCAACAGGAAAGGUUGAGACUACGUCAACAUUCGAACGCUGGCUGCGACGUAUUGGUGAGAGCUCUUGGUCGGCGCUGUGCCCAACGCUUCCGUGCCAGACCAGACGAGGGAAUGCAGUUGAUAGAGAGGAAGCUGGAGAGACUGGAGCGCUCAGUCACUGAUUUACAGAAAAUUGAUCAAGAUGAUCAGAAAGCGAAGGAGCGACUGCUAAAGGUGGCGCAGGACAUGGAUGAAGCGGCGGGCACAAACGAUAUUGUCGAAAUUCGGCGUCCAAUUGUAGAAGCAAAACCAGUUCGUGCGAUGGAUAAGUACAUGUGGAUGGAAGGUGACUACUUAAAGGUAUGUGAACGUGGACGGCUGAAAGGAGCUGAGGAGGAGUUUUGGAUUCAAUUGAUAGAGGCUUAUUUGAAGCCAAUCGAAUCAUCUCCACAGCAGCAGAGCGCUAUAGCGGAGGGUCUAGCAUCACUGCGUAACAAUAUCGCAUUUGCUAUUAUUCUUGUCAACGCUCUUCUCGCUCUUGCCAUUUAUCUCAUUCAGAAGCACAAAAAUGUGCUGAGUAUUCGUUGGACACCUUAUCGUAAUUUCAAAUGGACAAAAAUGAAUGAACUCACCGGCCAGUACGAAGAGACUAAGGAUCCGCUCAAAAUCGAUCCACUUGGAAUGGCGAUCAUUACGUUCCUGCUAGGAAUUCUCGUAGUUCAAACGAUUGGUAUGCUCAUUCAUCGCCUCAACACGAUGAUAGGAGCCUUCCAAGAAGUGAAUCAAUUGCAUGAUCUGAUACCGACCUGGAAGUCGCAGAAAACUGAUGACGAGCGUAUUCUAACUGCAGGUUAG